CGCCAUGAACCGUCACAACAACGAGGCCGGACGUGUGGCGAUCCUGGAGCACAUGGAGUUGAAGUGUAAAUGCCACGGCUUGUCGGGCAGCUGUGAGGUCAAGACCUGCUGGUGGUCCCAGCCCGACUUCCGGCUGAUCGGUGACUACCUGAAGGACAAGUACGACAGCGCGUCCGAGAUGGUGGUGGAGAAACACAGGGAGUCUCGGGGAUGGGUCGAGACCCUCAGGCCCAAGUACGGCUUCUUCAAGCCGCCCACCGAAGGGGACCUCAUCUACUACCAGCCCUCGCCCAACUUCUGCCACCCGGACACGGUCACGGGCUCCUUCGGCACCAGCCAGAGGGUGUGUAACGCCAGCUCGCACGGCAUCGACGGGUGCGAGCUCCUGUGCUGUGGGCGUGGGCACGACACGCGGACUGAGGAACGCACGGAGAAGUGCCUCUGUGUCUUUCACUGGUGCUGCUACGUCAGCUGUCAGGAGUGCCUCCGCGUGUACGAUGUUCACACCUGCAAGUAG